UGGCAGGGUUGUGGUUGUGUUCGAUCUCCAAAUGAUGUGUCCGGCGCGCGUACGUGCCUGGACAAAGACAUCAAUCAAUUUACUAUCAUUGUUCUUAAUCAUAGGCCUCGGCAUCGACUACGACGGGACGCACUCGGCGCAGACUGACAUGUCGGUGGCCUACAGCCUGGAGGAGUACGUGGCGGCCGUGGUCGCCGGCGUCGGCCGCGUCUGCGACCGCAAGGGCGUGCAACACCCUGUCAUCUGCAGCGAGAGCGGCCGCGCGGUGGUGUCGCACCACUCGGUCCUCAUCUUCGAGGCCUUCUCCGCGACGGCGCCGGCUUCCAACAUGAUGGACCCGGCCACCGCCUACCUGCUCGACGAGCUCACCGAUGACUGCCGCAGCGAUUACCGCAACCUCAUGGUCUCGGCCGUGCGCGGCGACUUCGACACCUACGGCCUGUACGCGGACCAGCUGAAGCGGCACUGCGCCGAGCAGUUCAAGGAGGGGGUCCUCGGGCUGGAGCACCUCGCCGCCGUGGACGGGCUCUGCGAGAUCGUCGCCCGCGGCAUGGGCGCGGCGGAGGGGCCGCGCAGGUACCACAUCAACCUGUCCGUGUUCACCUCGCUGCCGGACAUGUGGGCCAUCGAGCAGCUCUUCCCCAUCAUCCCCAUCCAGCGCCUCCAGGAGCGGCCCGCCGUGGACGGCGUCCUCUCGGACCUGACCUGCGACAGCGACGGCAAGGUGGACCAGUUCAUCGGCGGCAGGAGUAGCCUCCCCCUGCACGAGCUCCCCACCCACGGCACCCGCGGCUACUACCUGGGCAUGUUCCUGGGCGGCGCCUACCAGGAGGCGCUCGGCGGCCUGCACAACCUGUUCGGCGGGCCGAGCGUGGUGCGCGUCUCCCAGAGCGACGGGCCGCACUGCGAGAGAGGUUUCAUGGUCUGGAGCAGAGAGGACAAAUCCAUCUCGUGCAGGCAAACCCACGAGAUGUAG